AGACCUAAGCAAAUAUGGGAACAACUGUAGAGGAUCGAGAGACGGUAGGUGCCCCAGAUGGUGGCUGGGGCUGGAUCAUUCUGCUAGGAUGUUUUGUCGUCACUGGCUUCUCUUAUGCCUUCCCGAAAGCUAUAAGUGUGUAUUUCAAAGAACUAAUGAAGGACUUUGACUGUGGAUACAGUGACACAGCCUGGAUUUCAUCUAUAAUAUUAGCAAUGCUGUAUGGUUCAGGUAAGAUGCUGUAAGCUGAAUUAAAAUGUUUUAGAUUUUAUUUAUUUUUUUCUGAAUGCUCAAUAUAUUCAUAUUCAUUUAAUCCAGGACCAAUCGCCAGCAUCAUGGUUAAUAAAUUUGGAUGCCGGCCAGUCAUGUUGGUUGGAGGAUUACUGGCCUCAGGAGGGAUGAUAAUUGCAUCUUUCACUACUAACAUUAUCCAGCUUUACCUCACUGCAGGAGUCCUUACUGGUCUUGGACUGGCGUUGAACUUCCAGCCAUCACUGAUUAUGCUGGGGUCUUAUUUUGACAAACGCAGACCACUCGCCAAUGGACUGGCGGCAGCUGGAAGCCCUGUAUUUCUGUCAGCUCUUUCUCCUUUAGGACAACUUCUUCUCAACCGCUAUGGAUGGAGAGGAGGCUUUCUCAUCACCGGUGGUCUUCUGCUCAAUUGUUGCACCUGUGGAGCAGUCAUGAGACCCUUAAAAUACAAAGAAAGGAAAGUGAUAGCCUGUUCCCAAGAGCUCAAGGAAAUGCUCCCUCCUGAGGCUGGAAAAGAGAAUAUUGUUUUUGAAAACAAUAAUGAUAAAAAGCCCAAUAAAAAGAAGCUUUUGGACUUCAGUGUACUUGCUGACUUAGGGCUUAUUAUCUAUAUUAUUGCAAAAUUUAUAGUUGUUCUCGGCCUAUUUGUUCCAACUAUUCUACUAGUCAACUAUGCUAAGGACCAAGGAGUGCCUGACCAGGAUGCUGCCUUUUUGUUGUCUGUUAUAGGAUUUGUUGACAUCUUUGCUCGUCCCACGUGUGGCAUAGUAGCCGGUUUAAAAUGGAUCCGACCCAAGAUGGCUUAUUUCUUCAGCCUUGCCUUGCUCUUCAAUGGCCUUACAGAUGUUUGUUCAGCUACAAGCACAGACUAUAAGGGGCUGAUUAUAUUCUGUGUGUUCUUCGGGCUGUCUUAUGGCAUGGUGGGUGCUCUACAAUUCGAAGUGCUGAUGGGUAUUGUGGGAAAAAGCGGGUUUUCCAGUGCACUUGGCCUAGUGCUCCUUGUCGAGGCAGUGGCUGUACUGAUUGGACCUCCCUCUGCUGGUUAUUUGGUGGAUAAGUACAAGAACUACGAACUGAUUUUUUACAUGGCUGGAGGAGAGCUGAUCACUGCUGGGCUAUUUCUUGCCCUUGCAUCAUUCUUCUUUAUUAGACGAAAGAAACACAAAGACAGACAGCAGAAACAUCAUGGUGAUGUGGCAAUCAAUCCGAAAAGAUAAACAAUGGAGAAAGCCGAAAAGUGGGACACUUAUGUUCAAUUAAUUAUCUUUUGUUUAGAUAUGUGUGUUAUUAAUAUUUUGUGUGUUAGUGUUUAGAUUUUCCUAAUUUCUAACUCUUGCAUAUAAAUUACACAAUGCCACAAUCAGCAAAACACUUUUUGAUCACGUGGGUCAAGGAAGUCUAAGACAAUAAAAAGA